AUGGGUCAAACACCUUCGAAGAUAUCAAAUGGAAUCGGUAGACCAACACAUGUCACAGGAUGUGACGCCGAAUUACUUCGUCAAAGUCGAUCUGCAAUAGAGAAAUUCGCCCAAGACAGAGAUGAGGAUUAUUUCCCACAUUCUUUGAUCUUUCGAAAAGCAAACCCUCGGCUUGGUUAUCUCUCGAGAAGACUAUUUUUUCGUCGACCUUUGACUUUAGAUCGCCUAAACGUGUUUAAGCAUCGACCUGCAAGUCUUGUAGGCGCCGUCUGGAAACAUAUCAAUCCAGAUCCAAAAUUAAGCGCUCUUCAGGAACAGGCAAUUGAGAAGGGGAAGGUGAUAGAUAUUCUCAAUACCCCAAAUCAGCUUCACCUCGUAUCAACGAAAAUCAUCCUGCAAAAGUACUUUCACAUAUUCGAUGAUUUGUUUUUCAGAGGCACACUAAACGAAUACGUCACUCUAGUCACUGCUUUACCCGGCAAUAACCCACUUGGUUGUCAAGGCCACACGUCCCAAGAAUCGAAGGCCAUUUACAGAAGAGGUAAAAAGAUGUCAUCGAAUGUCGCUUCCGGCCAAGGAGCACGAUCACCAUCUUUAUUGGACCAGGAAUGGAGCCGCUCAAUGGAGAAAAAUUGCGAAAGUUAUUUGGCAUCCUAG